AUGGAUCAGUUUAAGGAUUUUAUGAACGAAAUUCGUCCACUACUUGUGGUUGCUAUGGGUUUCGCUGAAGGAGAUAUGGACAAACUAACCAAAGAUGUAUUCCUUCCUGCUCGUGACAAAUUCUUUGGAUAUAUGACGAACUUCCUCAAAAAGAGCAAUACAGGUUACCUCGUUGGCAGUUCGAUAACCGUUGCCGAUCUUCUUCUCGCCGAGUUUUCCUCCGAAUUUUCCAAAAAACUCCCCACACUUUACGAUGGAUUCCCAGAGAUCAAAGCUCACGCUGAAAAAGUCCGCUCGAACCCUGCUCUCAAAAAAUGGAUUGAAACUCGUCCACAAACAAAAUUCUAA